AUGUUCAAAUUUGCUGGUGGCAAGCUUCUAAAUCGUAUCGAGAAAGCAGUAGCCGAGAGAAAAGCGCAAAGGGCAAAAGGAGGUGUCGUUUCGUUAGAAGAGAAAGAUUCCAUUGAUUUCAUCGAUCUUUUUCUCGAUGCUGAGGCCGAUGUUGAUUUGAAAGCCGAGGAGGGGCUCAGUGGAAAGAAUGCACAAAUUGUUCGUCACAUGUUAGAAGAAGAGGUGGUGAUGCAGUGCUUUGUCUUCCUUUUGGCCGGUUUCGACACCACUUCCAAUACACUCUCUUAUACAGCUUGGUAUCUGGCUAAACAUCCACAAUGCCAGCGUCGACUCCAAGAAGAAAUCGAUCAAGUUUGCGGGGAACAGCCGGAAAUCGGUUACGACGAUUUAUCAGAGCUGAAAUACAUGGAUUGUGUCGUGAAGGAGACCCUCCGUCUCAAUCCACAUGCCACUAUUGUUGUUGGCAGGGUUGCUGGACAAGAUCUAGAAAUCGCGGGCAUUCGAUUGAAGAAAGGGGAUAAAGUUCAGGUAGAUUCCUAUUCGCUUCAACGAGACAAAGAGAUCUGGGGCGCUGAUGCAGAAGAAUUCAAGCCGGAUAGGUGGCUCGAUCUAACGUCUAAUCAAAAAGAUGCCUAUCUUGCUUUCGGCGCCGGCCCACGACAAUGCGUUGGCAUGAGAUUGGCAUAUAUCGAGCAAAAAAUCGCCUUAGCGAGAAUCCUUCGCGAGUAUGAACUGAUUUGUGGACCGAAAACCGAGAAGAAACUUGAUCAUUCUGGAUGGUUCACCGUAUCACCGGCUUCUGUCACUGUAAAUGUUAGAAAACGGGAUCAG